AUGACACUGAAAUUCUCGGUGCAACGGCUUGUCGAAAGUGAAAAGGAGUCCGAUGAGGGUCGCGUGGAGAUGAAGCGGAAAACGAUAAAGUGUGAUGAGGUUUGAGGCGUUUUCCCAAAUUUCUUAAGCUAUAAUAUAAUAGCAUGUUCAGCGCGAACACUCUGAAGAAGACGACGAUAUCGAGGAGGAGGAGGAGGAGGAGGAGGAGGAUUCGAAAAAAGACGAGCCGCUCGCACAGACUCUUUCCUAUUUCGACGUCCUUCUGCCGCACGUACAAAUGGCGUGCUCGAAUCCGUUUAUAUCGGGCAUGUCGGCGGCAGUUUCGGAUCAGAAUUCGAACAACAGCGGCGGCGGUGUCUGGCAGCAUCCGUGGCUCGAAUUGUUGCAGAGCACCACUGCCGCCCAGUUUGGUAUUGCGCACUUAUUUCGAUUCUUCGUCCGUAGCCUCAAUUUUUAGGCGACGUCACCGCCGGACUCUUUUUGCAGCCGCUUCGCAAAAAUAAGCGGAUUCGGACGGCGUUCAGCGCGUCACAAUUGAUCCAGUUGGAGAAGGCGUUCGAGGGAAAUCACUAUGUGGUCGGCAACGAGCGCAAACAGUUGGCGACGAGGUUGAGCCUCACGGAGACACAGGUUCGCAUCACAAGAGCAUUCGCUUCAUUUGUGUAGUUGACCAUUUUUUUCCGGGACCACUCGGAAAAGAAUUGUGGUCCCUGGAAGUUGGCGCUGAAAUUUGUGUGCCUUUCAAGCGCUACAGUAAUCCAGCGACGGGUCGUAUCGACAAGUUAUCAACAGCAAAAUUAUAGUACAAAAUGUGAACUUUAGUUUUGUAGUUGACAACUUUUUGAUACGACCACUCCGUGAAGGACUGUAGCUCUGGGAAGUUGGGCCUAGUUAGCGCGGCACAUUAAAUGUAGCGCUAACUUCGAAGCGCCACAGUAUUCGAGCGACUGGUCGUAUUGAGAAGUUGUCAACAGCAAAAUUAUAGUCGAAAAUGUGAACUUUAGUUUUGUAAUUGACAACUUUUUGAUACGACCACUCCUUCGCCGACUAUAGCUCUUGGAAGUUGGGCCUAGUUAGCGCGGCCACAUUAAAUGUAGCGCUAACUCCGAAACGCCACAGUAUCCUCGUUUUCACAAAAGCGUGUCGUCCUUCCUUCGACAAUACACUUCUUCUUCUUCUUCUUCUCAUUUUUAUUUGAUCGCGUACUUAGCACACCAAUUGCUCUUUCUGUGCUAAUCCCGUAGUAGGUGAUUCCCCCCUUCCUAUUCUCUUCGCGCUCGAGUGCUAUUAUUCGAGACACCGGCUCUCGGUGUUCUCUGUGUCCAUACAGUAUGCACACAUUGUACAAAUACAAAAGUUUAUAUGGUGGAGAAGCGAGUAGCAAUGAAUGGGGGAUUGAGGCAAAACCGUCUUAUUUUGAACUUUGUGUACAUGUUAAAUUUUAUGCUUAAACGCCUGGGAUCUCAGCGUGACAUACAACACAUUUUUCAAUUUUUAAAAUAAACUUCGAAGUGGGCCAUUCACAUUCCCAAAGUCCCGAAUUACGAAAAAAAAAUCCCCGGAUUUUAAAGAUUUUUUUCAAAAAAGUUGGCGGCGAAAUGGAAGAGCUGGCCGCGAUUUUUCUAGUCCCCCCGGAUGGAAUUCCCCUUUCUUUCGAUUUUUUUUCGGUUUUCGUGCAAAUUUCUUAAAUUUUCAAUCGGUUUUUUCACUGAGCAUACACUUAUUUGCAAUGUUUAAAAAAAUUUAUGUUUUUUCUGUGCCGUGACGCCAAAAAAUCGAUAAUCUGAAACUUUUUUUUUGUUGUUUUUCCGUGUUUUUCGCUCAAUCUUCGGUUUGCGCGCUGAAAAAUAAAUGGAAAGAGAUCGCUCAAUCAUUUCCUGAGUCUAAAUUAAAGUUUGCGACUUACAGAAAGUUCUAUUUUUCAAAGUAAUGCGAAAAAUCCAAAACUUUCUAUUUUCGGUUUCAAAAAAAAGUGGCUGAUUUUUUCAGAAUUUUGCAGGAAUUUUGAAAGUUUCAGAUUAUCGAUUUUUUGGCGUCACGGCACAGAAAAAAAACAUAAAUGUUUUUUAAAUAUUGCAAAUAAGUGUGUUCAGUGAAAAAAACCGAUUGAAAAUUUAAGAAAUUUGCACGAAAACGGAAAAAAAUCGAAAAAAAAAGGGGAAUUUCAUCCGGGGGACUAGAAAAAAAUGUAGGCCAGCUCUUCGAUUUCGCCGUGCACCAUUUCUCUCGGUACCAUUAACUUUUUUGAAAAAAAAAUCCUAAAAAUCGGCGAAUUUUUUUUUCGUAAUUCGGAACUUUGGGAAAGUGAAUGGUCCACUUUGAAGUUUAUUUUAAAAAUUAAAAAUGUUUCCCAGGCCUUUAAAGGCCUGGGAUCCAGCUCACGAUCGCAUAGAACUCAAAACGGUUGUUUCAGGUGAAAGUAUGGUUUCAAAACCGACGGACAAAACACAAACGGGUGCGGAUGGAGAGCUCGGGUACGUCUUCGACAGUUCUAGGCCGUCAAUUGCAAAAACUAGUCGUUCAGACCCGCACACGACACUAUCGAACGAUGAGGACGACGAGGAGGACAAGAAAUCCACGUCAUAA